AUGAACGACUGUGGACCAUCAGUACCUGACCGGCAAGCUUUUCAACAGGCAUUACGAGAUUAUAAUCGUCUUAUCAGUGAAACUGCCAGAAAGAUUGAUAAUAUCGUUGGAUGUAGCGAUAAUAUCGGCAGUCUGAAUUUGGCGAAGCAGAGUAAAGAAGAACUUCGAGAAAGAAGAGAGCAGCUAAAAUUUGCAGCUGAUCAAAUGAAAAUUGAAAUUAAUGAGAUAAAAAAACGACUUAUAGAAAAGGAUGCCUUAUUAUCUAAUAUUGAGAACGAUUUGGUAUAUAGAGAUGAAACUAGACUUAUGACGCGUUUGAGAGUAUUAGAAUCUGCUUAUUCUGAAACAAAGUUCACUUCCGGUCGUGCCGAGAAAGCGCUCAUAACUGAAAUCGAUAAAUUAAAGCGAAAUCGGUCAAAAAUAGCAAAAUAUAACGUCGUAAUGGGAGAAAAACGAACUAUACAAUUCCAGUUGCAUGGAAUAAAUGAAAGGCGUAGUAAUGUUCUCAAAUCAAUCCGUGAAAUUACUAAUCAUUUAUAUUACAUUGACGAGAAUAUUAGGCAACAAAGACGAAAUUUUUCACAACUUAAAAUGGCAUUACGCAAAUUACAUAAUGGUAAAAAAGAAUUGAUUGAUAAUUAUAACAAACAGAAGAACGAGUACAUAAAUUGGUCAAAUAACAAUAGAAUCUCCUCCAGUCGACAGCUUUCAUUACCAUAUUCAACAGCUCAUCAGCAAAAACUUUGGAUCAAUUUUAUUGACGAAGAAACACUGGAACCUUUCUAUGAGCAAAAGAUGGCAUGUAAAAGAUUGAUCGAGUAUCUGACUGCCCUGCAAUCGCAGUUGCAAAUUGAAUGUACUUCAUCAGUUAGUGACGUAUCAUGCAAGUCGUGUAAGCAGCAGGCGAUUGACCUGAGCGAUGAUUCGUCCGAAGAAUACCGAACUUCUUUUGCUUUAUUAACGGUAAAGUCAUCGCUUGCGCUUCACAACACAGUUGAACAAGAGCAAGGAAAUUUGCCUUUGAUCACUAAUACUAUUUCAAAGAAAAAGAUUUGCAAAAAGUCCUCAAAGAAGCCUUAUCAGAAAAUAUGUCAUCCAGUUCAAAUGGUUUGUCUUUUUGAAGAAAUUGAUGUUCCAGUACCUCACAAUUAUGGGGAGAUUGAGCAUACAUUAGAGGAAGUGCGUACAUUGUUGAAGCAAUAUCAGGAACAAACGAAGCAAGUUUAUUUCCGAUUAACAUGGCUGCUAAUGACUGAGGAGCGACUCAUUGCAGGUUUAAAAAUUACAAUUUUUCACAGUAAUGUUUUUAGUGUCAUUAUUUGGGAAGAAUGUGAUUAUCAAAAGUUACCUUCACUAAGUGAAAGUGAACUUACAUCGGAUUCGACCUGGAAUGGAUCAACUGAUAUGUCCGAGCAUGGAAGUGCAUUCAAUGCUCCUCAUCUUUCUCCUUUAUCGGAUUUCGUACCACCAUUUCAUCCAACAAAAAUAUGCCAACAAGAGGAGUGUUCUCAUUCCAUCUCAGUUCCUGACGAAGGUUUCGGUAGUAAAAAUUCUACACAUUAG